AUGAAGAAAAUAUCAUUAAGUAUUCUGCCUGACUGGUGUCGUUGUGAGGUUAAGGAAACUGAUGAAAAUGAAAUUAAUGACUUUAAAGAUAAAAUGAUAACAGCCAUCAAGGAUGGCAAGAAAGGGUUUGAUGAUUACAAAAACUCAGUUAUCCAAAAAAUCAUUCACCAAGCCAAUAGUCAAGGCGUUAGUGAAACUGAAUUAAACAAUAAUCGUCCCAACUGGCAAAAUCGCCUCCGCGCUUUUAAAAGUAGAAAAGUC